AAGCAAAUGUCAUCGGCAUAACGGAGUGACAGAGGGCACGUAAACUGCGCUAGCGCGACGCACAGAACCCCCCACCCACUGACUUACUGACGACAGAGAAGCGCUGGUGAGCAACAGACAGCGGCAUAUCUCCCUACAAAAACAUUCAAGCUUUUUCACGGAGAGCCAACGCCGACUGUUUAUCUGAGAGAGGCAGCAGGCAGCGGUGGGAUCCAGAGCAGGUCUGGACACGAUAUCGAUGGACACAGAAGGGCAGAACGGGCUGGUCUACAUGCAGUGUUGUGGGCAGGGAGAAGGGCCCGGGGUGUGUGUGCAGAGGAAGCUGAAAGCAGGAGCUGGGACAGAGUGGUCAGCUGAGGGACACACACAGCAAACAAACCUUUUAUCCUUGCCACAGCCUUCUGGUGUGGACUUACCUUACAGAAGUCCUGAGUCGGUGGAGAUGGAUGAGAUCAUGGCUGCUAUGGUGCUCACCAGUCUGUCCUGCAGCAGUCCAGUGGUCCAAAGCCCCCCACAGAGAGACCUCCUACCAGGGGACAUGGAGUGCUGUGGAGGUGAGUUGUCUGACAGUGGCAGCAGUGGUUACUGGAGCUGGGACCAUGGCAGUGUCAGCCCAGCCCCUUCUCCAUCGGUCACUGAGAUGGACAGGAGCCUGGGCCAACUGACAGAUGAAGGACUGCACAUGGAGCUGGACGAAGCUUCAUGUGAGGAACCGAAAGCCAGGAGGUGCAAGAGCUUGAGCAGGGGAGCGUACAGGUGUCUGUGGCCUGGCUGUGGCAAAGUGCUGACAUCCCGGGUUGGAAUGAAACGGCACAUUCGCAUUCUUCACCUGGGUGGGGGCUCAGAGCAGUCGCAUAGGGAGGAAGACUUCUACUACACAGAGGUCUCCUCUGAAGAUGAGGAGACUGCACCUCCAUCUCCUGCUCCAUCCUUUUCCAGUGGGGCCUGGACCUCCUGCAGCUCCACACAAAGCCAAUCCACCCCAGGACACCAAGAUGCUCCAGUCCAGUCAAGCCCACUCAGCCAAUCAGCUCCAAGCAGCGUGUGGCAGAUUCACACUGAACAUCUCUAUCAGGCCUGCACGCCCGUUCAGGUGAUGGUCUCUCCAGGCUCUCCCACAUUUUGUAGCUGGUCCCCUUCUAGUGAUGUCCAGCAGAAACCUCAGAUUUCAGCCUCUCGCAACCGGUCGGUGAGUGUCGGAGAGCAGUGGCUACAGAGGAACAGCACCCCCACCAGAUCACAGACCAUGAGCGCAUCUCCCUCCAGAGGGCACUGUUCAUUCAGGAAGGGUCGAGGUGAGGCCAAAAAGUGCCGAAAAGUGUAUGGUGUGGAGCGUAGGGACCAAUGGUGCACCGCUUGCCGCUGGAAGAAAGCCUGUCAGCGGUUCCCAGACUAAUAAAAGACUAUAGGAGACAAGGAAGAAUCUCCAUUUUCUUUCUUUCCUCCAACUAUUCCUUGCACUGUAGAGGACCCGUCUUUUCACUUUUCUACCUUUUUUUUUUUGUUUUCCUACUAAAGUUAAAAGUGUUUUGUUAUAUUUCCGCACAAAGUGAACGCUGGUACUAGCUGUCGAGACUGUGGAGUAGUAGGAUCCCAAAAUCAGUUUAGUCUCGCGAGACUAAAGUGUAAUCCUGUAUCUGAUCAAGGUGUUUUUCAACCCCAGUUCUGCACUUCAUCCAUACCUGAGAUAUUUAAGUGAUUGUUGAUUUUUGUAAACUGUGGACAAUGUAUAUCUUUGAGCAUUUUCAUGAUGUUUUUCUAUUGCCGUUUGGUUAGCCUGAAAGGUGUAACAGUGUAAUGUCAUGUAUUGUCUUUUUUUUUUCUUUCUACGCAUUUACUCUGAAUUUAGCCACAACUUUUGAGUUUCUUGAGGUUUGACUAAGGUCGUAUGCCAUAGCGCUUCCUAAUCAGUCUUAACUGC